AUGUUUCGAGCAUUGGCCAUCCAUCGUACUUCAAUAUCAAACAUUCUAAUUAAACCAAAUCAACAGUCCUUGAUGUCAAAUAGAAAACAACAAUCUUUGGCACGCUUCUUUCCAGGCAUGUCCCAACUGGCAGUCUCUAGCCAGAACCACAAGAAACAACAAUCUAUCAACAGGUACUUUGGAUCAUCAUCAAACAAUUCAAGUCCAACUAAAUCACAGACGCAAAAGCGUGAAGCAACCCCACCUGAAUCUUCAUCUCCUUCAAAAAAGCCUAAAAUUGGGAGCUCCUCACCUUCUGCGGACUUGGAAAAUGACACAGUAGCUCCAGUUUCCCCAACUACUGAUACCACAACAAAACUUAAACAUAGCGAAGAUCUGUCCCGUUUAGAAAAUGAAAAGUUGAUUGAGCUCUCAGAGAAACAGAAAUUGGAACACCGAAAUGAAAAUUUGGGUCCUAAAAUACCUUAUGCGAAAUUGACAUCUGUUUUUGAAGUUGUUGACAAAGAAUCCAGUAGGUUAAAAAUUACUGCAAUUGUGUCGCAGUUUUUCUUGGAAAUAUUGCAGCAACUGACUGUGGACAAGUUGGUCAAAAUUGUUUAUUUGUCGAUAAAUAAAUUGGGUCCAGACUAUGCUCAGGGUUUAGAGUUGGGUUUGGGUGAGACAAUUUUAAUCAAAGCCAUUAGCGAGUGUUACGGACGUUCACCAGCAAAAAUCAAGGCCGAAAUGGUCAAAAGUGGUGAUUUGGGAGAUAUUGCUCAGAAAUCUAGAUCAAUGCAGCCACCCAUGUUUAAGCCUGCUCCGCUAGAUAUAGACACUGUUUUUGAGAAUUUGCAGCAGAUUGCAAAAUCCAAUGGUAAGGAUUCUCAGUCAAAAAAGAUUGGUCUUAUCAAAAAAAUGUUGAGUGCCUGUGAUCCGAAAGCCAACGAAGCAAAAUUCUUGAUUCGUUCUUUGGCAGGUAAAUUGAGAAUUGGUAUUGCAGAGAAGACCUUGGUUGUUGGAUUGGCUCAAGCGUUUGUGAACUUUGAAAAUAAAACCAAUAAAAGAAUAAAUCCCGACAAAUUAGCUGAAGCUGAAGAAAUUGUCAAAGAAGCCAUCUCUAGGGUUCCAAAUUAUGAAGUUGUGCUAAAGAAAGCUUACGAACAUGGGAUCUUCAACUUGUUGGACCAUGUUCAUGUUACCCCUGGUAUUCCGCUAAAGGCUAUGUUAGCAAAACCUACUAAGUCAAUUGGUGAGAUUUUUGAUCGUUUCCAAGAUGCUGAAUUUACUUGCGAAUACAAAUAUGAUGGUUUCAGAGCUCAAGUGCAUGUUUUGAGUGAUGGUACUGUCAAGGUUUAUUCACGUAAUUUGGAGGAUAUGACAGAAACGUACCCAGAUUUGGUAUCCAUUGUGAAUGAAUUCACUACUGAUAAAAGUUCAGUUUCAUUUAUUUUGGAUUGUGAAGCUGUUGCCUGGGACAGAAUUCAGCACAAGAUUUUGCCUUUCCAAAGAUUAACUACCAGAAAGAGAAAGGAUGUGAACGAGGAAGAUAUCACGGUCAAUAUUUGCUUAUAUGCCUUUGAUUUGUUAUAUUUUCAAGAUGAAUCUCUCUUAACCAGAUCAUUGGCAGACAGAAGAAAACUAUUGCAUGAAAAGUUCAAACCAAUUGAUGAAAAAUUUCAGUUUGCUACUGCUAAAGAUUCGUCGUCAAACUUGGAAGUCUUGCAGACAUUCUUAGAUCAGUCGAUCAAGGACUCGUGUGAAGGGUUGAUGGUUAAAAUGUUGAACGGACCUGAUUCAUUUUACGAGCCAUCAAAAAGAUCCCGUAACUGGUUGAAAUUAAAGAAGGAUUACCUUGCGGGAGUAGGAGAUUCUUUGGAUUUGGUUGUCAUUGGUGCCUACAGUGGGAAGGGUAAGAGAACUGGUACCUAUGGUGGUUUUCUAUUGGCCUCAUACAAUCAAGACACGGGUGACUUGGAAACGUGCUGUAAAAUUGGUACUGGUUUCAGUGAUGAAGACUUGGCAAGCUUGUAUAAAAAAUUGCAUCCAACAGAAAUCAAGACACCUAAGAAGUAUUUUGUGUAUGAAACCAACAACUCGAAUGCGGUUCCCGAUGUGUGGUUUGAACCUAGUUUGCUUUUUGAAGUCUUGACUGCUGACUUGUCUUUGAGUCCUAUUUACAAGACUGGACAUCAAGAGUUUGGUAAAGGUAUUUCGUUGAGGUUUCCAAGAUUUAUUAGACUUAGAGAAGACAAGAACAUUGAGGACGCUACUAGCUCGACGCAAGUCUGUGAGUUCUAUGAAAACCAAGCUCUGGUUAAUUAG